AUGGGCAAGUCUGCCACGAUAGCUGGAAUUUUGCCACGCUCGUGGAACGACAUUCUGGUGUCGAUCGUAAAACGUGGUGUGGCGUUUUCCAAAACAGGUGGCACAGAAACGAUCGGGUUCGACGGGUUCAAGGCCAUGUCGGGAUCGAUCAGGCCAGUGUUCUACGCUGCACUUCUCAAGGGUGACGCCGAGCUAGAAAGAUUGCAAGAUAAAGUAAUUAUUUCAUCAGUUCAAUUCUCCAACUGGGCGACCGCCAUCGUGGUUGCCCGCAAGGCUGACAACCUCUCCGUUCGUGUCUGUGGUGAUUACUCUACAAGUCCCAACGACGCGCUGGAAUCCGAUUGCCAUCCUUUGCCGAAUCCGGAAGCUAGCUGGUUCCCGCUUUCCCGCAACGACCUCUCAGACGUAUACUUCCAAGUAGAAGUCGAAGAGGAAUCCCGUAAGAUGCUGACAGUCAACACUCAUCAAGGAUUGUUCAAUUACAACCGUUUGCCGCCCGGAAUCAAAUCCACCCCUGGUGCUUUCCAGAGGAUCAUCGACAGCAUAACAGCAGUCAUUCCAGGUGUCUAA